AUGAGGCUUCUCUUCUGGUUCCUUCUGGCCGUGGUCUUGAGCCUGGAACUAGCUAUAACACAGGGCAUGCAGUGUCACAUCUGCAAGGGGUUUGGAGGAUGUUCCCACCCGUCCAGAUGCCCAAGGAGCUCCACCCACUGCGUCAUCAUCGGCACCCGAGCUCCCAUCAGCUUUACAGACUUGCCUCUGGUGACGAAGAUGUGCUACAGUGGCUGCCCUGAUGUUGCCAGCUUGGGCUUGGGUCCUCACGUAUCCAUCGUUUGCUGCCAGUCGAAUCUCUGCAACAGGGACUGA